AUGACGCUUUGCCGAGUAGUUCGCCCAUGUUUUCAAACAUUAAAACGUGGGAAAAGUAUCUCAUCGUUGUCCGACUAUCGAGAUCGCUCAUUUUACAAAUAUUUUAUUGAUAUUCAAACGAGAUGGCGGGACAACGAUAUAUAUGGCCAUGUGAAUAAUGUGGUUUAUGGCGAAUGGAUUGACACUAUUGUGAAUAAAUAUUUGAUUGAAAGAUGUUCAUUAGAACCGUUACAGUCGCCAUCAAUCGGCUUUGUUGUGUCUUCCUAUUGUCAAUACUUUUCGCCAACAUCGUAUCCUUCGAUAAUAUCCGCUGGUUUAUUGAUAAAAAAGAUUGGAAAAUCAUCGGUUGAUUAUCAAGUGGGAAUAUUUGAAGAUAAUCAAGCUUUGAAAGCUGCUGCUAUGGCUCCUAUUGCUGAAACGAAAAUUGUUCUUGCGGAAGGAUAUGCAUGGAUAUUAUUGGAAGCUGUCAUCAUAUGUAUUCAUAUGUUGAUCACUGGUAUGACAAUGGCUUCAGUACGAAAACGAUUCUUUUCAAAAGAAUUCUACGAAAAACAUUUUCCUCAAUAUAAACAAUUGGGAAAGGUAAUGAAACCAGAUGGCGGUUAUCCUGAUGAUGGGCAAGGUAGAUUAGCAGACAAAUUGAGCGACGAAGAUUGGUUUACUUUCAAUAAUUAUCGACGAGCACAUAUGAACUAUCUCGAGGGCGGCUUUGCUGUUAUUGUACCAUUGUUAAUAUCUGGUCUUUCAUAUACACGUGUCGCAUUUAUUGCUGGACUAGUUUACAUCGUUGCACGUGAAAUCUAUUCGCAAGGUUAUCGCCGAUCAGGUUCAAAAGGCCGUCUUGUUGGAGCUCUUACUUUGGAUGCAGCACUUUUAACUUUAUGGUCCAUGGCUUUGUAUACAUGUUUCCAUUGGGGCAAUGGUCUCAGUGGAUUACAGCGACUUCUUUUUUAA